AUAAACCGUACGCUACUUUGGAAAUUUAUGAAAAAACCAGCGAAGGUUGUUGAAACUGAAUAAUGUAUGGCGCUGCAGCCAGUGGGAAAAAGAGACACGAUUUAUUAAAAAUAGAACUGACAUCACCAAACUUACACGCCAAGCCAAUAUCCAUCCGCAAAUUGGUGAACCAAACGCACUUCACAAGGAAUGAAAUUCAAACCAUUUAUCAAGCCUUCAAGAACAUGUGUCCAAGCGGUUACGCAACCAAGGAUACGUUUGUUCAAGUGUAUCGAAGCUUCUUCCCGGGUAGAGCUCCGGCAUCUUACGCACAACUGUGCUUCCGUGUGUUUGACAAAGCUAAAUCCGGAAAGCUAUCUUUUGAACAGUUUGCUCGCAUGCUCUCACAAAUCACGCGCGGAACUGACCAUGAAAAAAUUGACUGGGUUUUCCGUUUGUAUGAUCUGGACGGUGACGGUUAUAUAAGUAGGCUUGAGCUGACGGAAGUUGCAACAGCCAUUUUUGACUUGAUUCGAUCCCGUGCUGACGGACUAAAAAGUACACAGAUCAUAGAGGCGCGAGUCGAAGCGACGAUGCAAACAUUUGAUCUGGAUAAGGACGGACGAAUUUCCAGAGAUGAAUUCUUUGCAACCUCAUUUUCGGAUUCACGCAUUCUUGCAAACCUAAACAUUUUUGGCGGCUACCCAUAAAAGCGGUUUUAAACGUUAUUCGAUGAGCAAAGUGAGACCUUUUCAAUACACAGGGAUGUCGACAUUGGAAGAUCAAUAUUUUACUCAAGAUCGAAAAGGUACCACACAGUCACGAAACAAAACCAGAUUAUUCUUCUAAUUUAUUCUAUAUUUGAUCGCAUUGGACCGGUUUUCGCCAUAUCCGCAUGCAUUAUUGCAAAUGCAAACUAGAAACAUCAGACAAACUCGUUUAAUUUGCAUGUAUAUAUAUAUAUAUAUAUUAAAACUUCAUGCCGAUUGUUACUACAAGUUUAUAAAUACACAACUUCAUUUGCAACACUUGAACAAG